AUGGGGAAAACCAGAGACGACGAGAAGGCAUAUGCUCCUUCGAGCCCAGCUGAGGUUCACGAGACUCACCUUGUCGAUGCUAAGAGAGACGACGAAGCGGCGACUUUCUUGGCUAACAUUGCAAAUCGACCUAACGCCGAAGAGCUAUUGGCGCCCUUAGAGGAGAGGGAACAGAGGAGCCUCGUCCGAAAAAUUGACUGGAUUAUGGUCCCUCUCCUCGGUGUAGCAAUGAUGAUGGGCUCGGUCGAUAAAGUCUCCUUGGCCACUGCUGCGGUUAUGGGUUUUAGGGAAGACACCCAUCUGGUAGGGCAAGAGUACUCUUGGACCUCAUCGAUCAUCUAUUUCGGUGCUAUUGCGGCCAUUAUACCUUCACUCAUGCUCAUGCAGAGACUGCCCCCGCAUAUCUACAUCUCCGCCAAUGUUACGAUUUGGGGUAUCAUCACGCUAUGUCUUCCAGCGUGCAAGAGUUUUGGCACAGUGAUGGUUGUACGAAUUCUUUUGGGUGUUUUUGAAUCGGUCAUUUUUGCUGGGUUGGGUCUGAUAGUAUCUAUGUGGUGGACGCGAGAGGAGCAACCCUAUCGAACUGCAUUUAUCUUUUCCACUGUAUCUUCGCUCACCAACGGAGUACUCGCUGUCGCUGCGUGGAAUUAUAAAGGAUCCGCCGUUGCUCGAUGGCAACUACUUUUCAUAUUAGUCGGAGCUAUCACCCUCGGAUGGUCAUUUCUUUUAUGGGGUUUCUUACCCGCAAAUCCUACCAAAGCUCGAUGGCUCAGCCUGAGGCAACGGGUUGUCGCCACUCGACGAAUGCAAGACAAUCAUACCGGUAUGGAAAACAAGACAUUCAAGUUUGAUCAAUUCCUCGAAGCAUUUACCGACCCUAAAACAUGGUUCUACUUCUUUAUCAACAUCGCGCUUAAUGUCCCAAACGGUGCUCUGGUAGGAUUUAACAGUAUUGUAGUGAAAUCACUCGGAUUCACCACGCAGACUACCUUGCUUUUGGGUAUCCCCACUGGUCUUGUUUCGUGGAUUUCAUCCUUCUUCUGGGGCUACAUUGCAGUUAAGACCGGUCAACGACAUCUCAGUGGUGUGGCUUCUUGUGUACUCCCUUUGAUUGGUACUAUCCUUUUGUAUAAGCUCAAUCGAGACUCUGUCGCUCUUCUGUACCUAUAUCUCUGUUACAUGUACUGGGGACCAUACAUCGUCAUGAUGGGUUCAAUGUAUGCAAAUACCGGUGGUUACACGAAGAAAUUGACAGUUUACGCUUUGGGCUACAUGGGAUACUGCGUCGGUAACAUUAUUGGUCCUCAAACAUUUUUAGCCAAACAGGCACCUUUAUACGUGGGAGGUGUUGUUGCCAUGUUGGUCUGUUAUUCAAUCGCCCUUGUCUUGAUCGGCGUUUAUUGGCUCUAUCUCCGUCGUCUAAAUGUCGGUAAAGCGAGAGAAUACGAAGCUCUCAAGAAUCAACUUGAAAAUGAAGAUCAACUUUUGAGUGAUUGGCAAGAUUUGACUGAUAUCAAAAAUCCUCGAUUCGUCUAUGCUUUGUAA